AGGAGUGGAAGGAGCUGGUGCGCCUGCGCCGACCUGCAGGCUCGAGUGGACGGGGGAUCGCGACGGUGGCUGUGGCGACCUGACGGGAGCAUGGGCAAAGAGCAGGAGCUGCUCGAAGCGGCGAGGACUGGCAAUGUGGCCGUGGUGGAAAAGCUACUGAGCGGCAAGCAUCGGCUGUCGGCAGGCGGGGGUGGCGGAACCGUGUCCCUGCCUCAGCUUUCCAACCUCCUCAGUAUUUGGAGAGGGCCAAAUGUCAAUUGUGUGGAUUGCUCAGGAUAUACUCCACUACACCAUGCUGCUCUAAAUGGACAAAAGGAAGUUGUUGAAAUGCUGCUGAAGAAUGACGCCUCCACUAACAUUGCAGAUAAUAAGGGAUGCUAUCCACUUCACUUGGCUGCUUGGAAAGGGGAUGCACAGAUAGUGAGACUACUUAUUCAUCAAGGACCAUCCCAUGCAAAAGUCAAUGAACAGAAUGCUAUUGAGUGCAAAGACCUCAAAAAGUAUGGCCCUUUUGACCCUUAUAUCAAUGCGAAGAAUAAUGACAAUGAGACAGCCUUGCACUGUGCAGCACAAUAUGGUCACUCAGAUGUUGUAAAAGUUCUUCUUGAGGAGCUCACAGAUCCCACAAUGAGAAACAACAAAUUUGAAACUCCACUGGACCUGGCUGCAUUGUAUGGGAGGUUGGAGGUAGUGAAAAUGCUGCUAAUUGCACAUCCAAAUCUACUGAGCUGCAACACCAAGAAGCAUACACCGCUUCACUUGGCAGCAAGAAAUGGGCAAAGAGCAGUUGUGCAAGUCCUUCUGGAAGCAGGAAUGGACAUUAACUAUCAGACAGAGAAGGGUAGUGCACUUCAUGAAGCUGCAUUAUUUGGAAAGACAGAUGUGGUCCAGAUACUCUUAGCUUCUGAAAUUGAUGUUAAUAUUAAAGAUGUGCGUGGGAAGUCAGCAUUAGAAAUUGUGCAGGAACACCCAGCUCAGAAGAGUAAGGAGAUAGCAACUCUUAUUCAAGAUCAUAUAGCAGGAAAAGAGAUCCCAAAGUACACAGAAAAUACUGUUCCAGUAUCCAAAACGCACCCAUUUUCCAUUCCUGAGCCUGGUAAUCAAAAAUCAGUUGGUGAGGAACAGUUGGAACUUUGCAAACUUAUUACAGAGUUUGAAACCCAGCAAGAAGAAGAAUGCCCAUAUGAGGCCUUGUGCAAUGCAACUUCCCACUCCAUUGAAGGGCUGGAAAGAUUGAAAGUUCCAGAUGUGGAAACGAGUUCAGCCCCAGAAUUAAUAAAGGAUUUGGAUGUGAAAGAAACUCCAGAAGAGCUUGAAGAGGAUGAGAAUCCCUAUGAACUUCUACUGACUGCAGAAACAAAGAAAGUAACCCAUUUGGAUGAGUCCCAAUGUAAAGGAGAGAAUUCAGAUGAGACGGCAGGGCCUGCUUCUGUAUCCUCUGAAGUGACCACAAAGCCUGGUCGGAUCUUCACCAUCUUCUCAGGUCACAUGAAAAGUGAGAUUGAAUCUCAGGACGUCAACAUUCCAGAACAGUUUUCGGGUCUUCUACAUGGGUCACCUCCAAUCUGUGAGAUUCAGGAGGAUCCAGUCACACUGCUAGCUGCUCUGAGCAAAGGGGGAGUGGAAACUGAAGCGAUGCAAAACAGAGAGUUGCCAGAGAGUCAACAUUGUGCAACAGGGCAAGCUGAGAACACUGGCAUUAGGAACUCUGCUGUAGCAGAUACUGUUGAGCAAAAAGGGCAGCAGGUAAUUUAUAGUAACUUUCGUACCAUCAUCAACCAGACGGAACCAGACAUUUUAAUAAACUCCAAGCCUGUCCAACAUAAAGACAUUUUAUUUGGCAAGGGAGUAGAAAAACAGACAUGUACUUUGGGGAGAGUGCGGUCGAGUGGAAAGGAUAAAGUGGACCUUAAAUUAGCAAGAAGUUUGUCGAAAUCGGAUUCUGAUCUCAUUACCCGUUCUCCAUCUGAGGAGGAUAUGCUGGGAAGUCGCAGUGAGUCUCUUUCGAACUGCAGUUCAGUGAAGAAACGGUUAGAAAAAUCACCAUCCUUUCAGUCAGAAUGGGAGGAGAUUGAAAAAAUAAUGAGUUCCAUUGGUGCAGGGAUUGACAGUGACUUCAGAAAGGAAUGGCACAGUGCUUCAGGUUCACGGAUGUUGGAGCAGAGUGUUGGGCAAUGGCUUGAGUCCAUUGGAAUGCCACAGUAUGAAAGCAAGCUGGUACUGAAUGGAUUUGAUGAUGUGCGCUUCAUGGGUUCUAACAUAAUGGAAGAGCAGGAUUUAAGAGAACUUGGAAUUCAUGAAGCAGGACAUCGACGAAAAAUUCUUCAAGCUGCGCGGUCUCUUCCAAAGAUUAAACCAUUUAGUUUUGAUGGAAAUAGCAAUACUUCACUUGUAGCAUGGUUGGAAUCACUUGGACUGCAGAGUUACAAUCAGAACUUCCUGUCCAGUGGGUAUAAUUCAAUGGAUUGUGUGAAAAACCUCUGGGAACCAGAAAUUAUAAAUGUUCUGAAAAUAACCAUACUAGGUCAUCGAAAGCGAAUCUUAGCGUCUCUUGGUGAACGGCCCAAUGAAGAACCACCUCAGAAACCACCAAGAGCUUCCCAACUGAAGGAAGAUCGACGUGAGUCUCGAAUAACACUUCGGCCACCUAGUUUAGCCACACCAUAUGCUCCUGUUCAAAAUUGGCAGCAUCAGCCAGAGAAGCUUAUCUUUGAGUCCUGUGGCUAUGAAGCUAACUAUUUGGGUUCCAUGCUUAUUAAAGACCUAAAAGGGACUGAAUCAACCCAGGACGCAUGUGCAAAGAUGAGGAAAUCUACUGAACAAAUGAAAAAGAUACCAACCAUUUUCCUCUCCAUCACUUACAAAGGUGUAAAGUUCAUUGAUGCAUUUAACAAGAAUAUUAUUGCUGAGCAUGAAAUUCGCAAUAUUUCCUGUGCUGCCCAGGAUCCUGAAGAUCUUUGUACAUUUGCCUACAUCACUAAAGACCUACAAACAAAUCAUCAUUAUUGCCACGUUUUCAGCACACUUGAUGUAAAUUUAACAUAUGAAAUAAUCCUUACACUAGGACAGGCAUUUGAAGUGGCCUACCAACUUGCACUGCAAGCCCAGAAACCACCUCAGGUGUCUCUUUCCACAGCUGAAACAGAACCUGCAGAAGUGAGGACAUCCAAACCAGUCCCCAAACCACGGUCCAGCAUGAGAAAAUCUGCUAUUGACAACAUUGAUCAAGAUUCUCAAUCGCAUGGUGCUGUGGCAUGGAUAGCUGACUCCAAGCAGGACUCCAAGAGGACAAUCAGUACAAAGUAUGAAACCACCAUUUUCUGACCACCUGGUGCUCCCGCUUCUACUCUGUGCCUUUGCACUGUGAACCUAUUCCACUUCUCCGCUUCCUAUAGCGGGCACUUAAAGCUGCUUUCACUCUCUUCUCAAAGGGAAACUUCGUACUUGAGCUUCCUGUACUCUGUAAUUAAAAUACAGCUGCCUUCAACAUCCUGGUGAUCUUUCAGCUAUUUUAAAACAAAGACUCUGGAAAUUACUUGGAAUCUUAUUCCAUGUCUGAACUUUGAAGCACUCUAACCUCCCAGCACUGUGAGCUA